AUGAAGUACUUUCCUCCUACCAAGAAUGCCAAGCUCCGCCAUGAAAUCACUUCAUUUCAGCAACUCGACGAUGAUUCUUUAUAUGAGGCAUGGGAGCGGUUCAAGGAGUUACUAAGAAAAUGCCCUCAUCAUGGCAUUCCUCAUUGCAUUCAAAUGGAGACAUUUUACAAUGGUCUCAAUGCUCAUACAAGAAUGGUAGUUGAUGCGUCGGCAAAUGGGGCACUCUUGGCCAAGUCAUACAAUGAAGCUUUUAAGAUUAUAGAGAGGAUCUCCAACAACAACUACCAAUGGCCUACUACUAGAGCACCAACAGGUAGAAAAGUGGCUGGUGUUCUUGAGGUUGAUGCACUCACUUCUUUGGCAGCUCAAGUAUCUUCAAUAUCGAAUAUGCUUAAGGGUAUGAACACGGGGCAGCCAAUGGGUUCUCCACCGAUGGGUCAAUUAGAAGAAGUUUCUUGUGUGUACUGUGGAGAUGGUCACAUCUUUGACAACUGCCCUUCUAAUCCUGCAUCUGUGUUUUACAUGGGGAAUCAGAACAGGAAUGACGUACAAUUGAAUUCUUUCAAUCAAUCAUGGAGGAAACAUCCCAAUCUUUCAUGGAGUAACCAAGGGGUUGGUCCUAGCAGCUCAUCUAUGCAUCAUAUACCUUCUUAUCCACUGGGGUAUCCUCCACAAGCUCCACAACAAAGACCCCAACACAUAGUACAAUCUAAUUCUUUGGAAGGCAUGUUAAAAGAUUACAUGAUGAAGAUGGAUGCACUCAUUCAAAGCCAAGCCGCAUCUAUGAGGAAUUUGGAGAAUCAAGUUGGGCAACUUUCCAUUGAGCUUAGAAAUAGACCUCGAGGUGCUUUACCGAGUUAUACCGAGAACCUAAGAGAUGUUGGCAAGGAACAAUGCAAGGCCAUUACUUUGAGAAGUGGCAAGGAGUUAGAGAGUUCCAAGAAAAAUUCUGGGCAUGAGGAUGAGCCCUCUUCAAUCCAAAAUCACAGGAAAGCAAGCAAAGAUGAAGAAAGAUCUGAUGUGCUGGAAUCUGCCUCUGCCUAG